GGGACCCCGAACCCGCCAGAGGAAAGGUGCCCCUCCGCGGGACUUUCCCAGGAGACGCGCUCACACAGGGGAAAUUAAUUCCAAUGAGUGUGAAAAUGUGUCAAAGAAAAAGAAAAUGUCAGAGGAAUUUGAAGCUGAUACUUUGGAUACUCUGGUAGACCUGCCAUUUGCUACUGUAGAUAUUAAAGAUGAUUGUGAAAUGACAGAUGAACCUCAAAUAAAUUUGAAGAGAAGUGAAGAAAAUGAAUGGAUCAAGAGUGAUGCAAUAAAGAAGAAGAAAAAAAAGCAAAAAGAUUGUCAACCCAACUAUUUCCUUUCCAUUCCAAUCACCAACAAAGAGAUUACAAGAGGAAUUAAGAUCCUGCAAGAUGAAAUAAUACAGCAAGAUAAGCGACUGGCUAAAGCAAUGGUCAGUGACGGUUCCUUUCAUAUUACCCUGCUAGUGAUGCAAUUAUUAAAUGAAGAUGAAGUAAACAUUGGUAUUGAUGCUCUUUUGGAAUUGAAACCAUUCAUUGAAGAAGUCCUCCAAGGAAAACAUUUAACUUUGCCCUUUCAAGGGAUUGGCACUUUUGGAAAUCAAGUUGGAUUUGUGAAGCUGGCAGAAGGUGAUCAUGUAAACCUGCUUUUGGAGAUAUCAGAGAUUGCAAAAAGGACAUUUCAAGAAAAAGGCAUCCUGGCAGGAGAAAGCAGAAGUUUUAAGCCUCAUUUGACCUUCAUGAAAUUGUCGAAAGCACCACGGCUCCGUAGGAAUGGAGUGAAAAAAAUAGACCCUGAAUUAUAUGAAAAAUUUAUCAGUCACAGAUUUGGAGAAGAAGUAUUAUAUCGCAUAGAUCUUUGCUCCAUGCUGAAGGAAAAACAAAGUAAUGGUUAUUAUCACUGUGAGUCUUCAAUUGUGAUUGGUGGAAAGAACGGAGGGGAGCCCGAGGACGCUGAACUGGUGAGACUCAGUAGGAGGCUGGUGGAGAACGCAGUGCUUAAGGCUGUCCAGCAGUAUCUGGAAGAAACACAGAACAAAAACAAACCAGGGGAGGGGAACUCUGUGAAGACUGGAGAGGCAGAUGGGAAUGGCAAUGACAAUGAGAACCACACGAAAUGAGAACGGAACCAGGCCCAGAGGCUCCAGGAAAAGCACCCCUGCUCUGCUUUGCUGGGUAUAGGGACCCACUUGCAGCACGCUGUUUAAGUUUCUCUUGUCCAAUUCGUGGAGAUUGCCUAAUAUUGCGUGAUUGAAGUGUCUGAAUUUCUGAAACACAAUAGAAGCAAAAUGGAGUGCUGGGACUGGCGGAAGAAACUAGUUUAUGAAAGAAGAACGCCCAGGUUUCCCUUGCCUCCAGCCGUGUACAAGGGAGAGGGGACUUUGGGUUAUACCUCCUGGACACAAAUUAAAGGCAGCCGAAGAGGCCUUGCCAUCAAAGGAAUACUGCCAUUUAUACUGCUUAGCAGGGCAUUUGACUACUUUAUCUGAGGCCUGAACUCACACACAGCUAUCAAGUGCUGAGUUGAAAGUCAUCACUCUUGAAAUGAUCAUCGUGCAAUUUGUCCAUAAUGUUUCACGUUUGUCCUAAGUGUGCUGUUGCUAUGCAGUGAUCUUUAUUUAUAGUAAAUUAUGUUUCAUGUAAAUGAUAUAUUUUUGGUGAACUGCUACUUUUUCUAUAAAAUGUGGGCAACAUUUUAAAGUUUUUUUUAAAACCCUAUUUUGAUAAGUCAGUGUGCCACAUUUAAUGUUUUUCAUUGGCAUUUGUAGUUAAAUGUAUUAUAUAAUUUUUUUUUUCCUUAGGCAAGAAACCUAUUGGAAUUCAAGACUUAAUUAAUGAAGCUUUGCAUCGAGAAAGGAUGGGUCUGAAGUCCAAAGUGAAAGAGAUAAAGGAACUUCUAUUAAAGCCUGAGACUCAGGCCAAAAUUAGGAGGGAGCUUUUUGAAGGAAGACUCAUUAACAAUAUUAAUCAAGCAAAUGAUGUUGAUUUCAGCACAACAUUAACAUAAGUUCUGCAUUGCUGUUAUGGCAACAUUGUUUAUGAAAUCUUUUCAGCUUAUUAAAUAGCUCUUUGGUGAGUACCAAAAAAGUGUUCUGAUAGUAUCUUCGCCAUAGCAAACCAACAUUUGGUAAGGAAUUAACAGUUUCUUGCCGAAGAAAACCAGUUCUGCCCUAUUAUUUUUUUGAGUAAACUUGUGUUUUAGUACGCCUGUUUCUGUAAUAUUGUGAAUUAUUUUAUAGAAGUGACUUAAUUAGCUGUUGUGAGAUGUUCCUUGGGCCCUUGGAGGUAAAAAAUAUAGACUGUGAAAAAAUCAUUUACAGACAAAAUGAAACAAAGCCAACAGCAGUAUUUCAAGGGUCACUUGCCUCCUGUGGACAUGAUUGUUGUCAAAUCAAAAGAAGCAUUGUCCAGGCGUGUCUACAAUCUAGUGUUACUUUUAAUGAGAAUUUGAAUGUUUAUUGAACACUAGUACUUGAAUGAACAUUUAUAAAUGUUACUAUUGCAAUCACUGGUUAAGAAUGUUUUAUAAUAUCCAUAUAAUAUUUUUCACUGAUCAAACUGUAGUUUGCUUUUUCAUUUCUUAAUGAAUAAAUGUUUGGGAUUUUUAUUUUUUACUUUUCUGAAGAUAAGCUCCAGGUCUUAUCAUAUUCCUCAUAAUCUGAAUUUGUUUGCACUGGUUCAUUUUUAAAGCGCAUUCUUGAAAAAUUUCCCCUAUGUGAUGAUUAUUGGUAACAGCUUUUUCUGUGGUCAUUGCAAAAUUGCUGCCACCAGUAGAUCAUGAUAGAGGGGGAAAUUAUUGGAGAUCAAAUAUGUAAUCAUUUCAAAUAUAAAAUCCAGUUUACUCAUGGAUUUUUAGCUAUUUUUUCACUGGGUAAAUUAUACGACAUUUAUUUAUAAAUGAGUUAAUGCAUUUUCAUGCCUCUUAAUAAACGUAUUGUUUUCCCUUGU